GCUUAUUGUAAACUGUCAUACAGCUCACCUCAAAGAUAUACAGAUAUAUUACACACUGUGUUGAGUUUAGAAAGAAGGCUGGUGAUGUGCAGAAAACAAUGCAGACAACUCUGUCUUUUUCUCUAGUUUUGAUAUGUGUGACAAUGAAGAGUAAGGCUGAAAGAGUUUUUACUGGAACAGAAGGAGGCAGUGUGGAUAUCUCCUGUAAUUACCCAAAUGGAUACCAACAUUCACCCAUGUACUUAUGUCGUCAUCCAUGUGCUGAUUCUGAUGUCUUAAUUAAAUCUGAGAAUGCUCAAAUUGUCUCUGAGGGAAGAUACACUGCAUUAAACGUUUUCUUUGCAUGGACUUUCUCUGUCACCAUCAGAGAUCUCACAUUGAAGGACACUGGAGUGUAUUACUGUGGAGUGGAUAAAUGGGUAUAUGACAUAUUGACUGAAUUCUUACUGUGUCUACUUGUGCUCCAUUGCCUAGGCUGAAUCAAAACCCUGAAGCUAAAGAGCUACAUGGUGCCUCCACAGUGAUAUCUACUGCAGUUCCUCCUAUGUCCACGCAUACUCCAUUGUCCAGGGAGGAUCAAAACACUUACAGUGAUACCAAGUACUGCAUAUAGAGGACAUAAAUGCUUAUACUCUGCUAUACUCCAAUUAAAAGACAUGUUAUGCUUCUGUUAACCAAUAAGCAGCUAAAACCAAGUCAAUUCAGGAAGAAUAAUCAUAGAUUUGUAAUUACAUACAAAUUCAAAUACUGUACUGGAACAUUUAUAUCCAUUUAGAAAAGUACUACAUAAGAGCUCAAGCUCUGUGGUGUUGAUUGGAUAGUUGGGAUUCAAGCACCACCCAGGUGCCACUUUUGGGCCUUCGAGCAAGGCUCUUAACCCUUUCUGCUCCAGGGGCACUGUAUCUGACCCUGUGCUCUGACCCCAACUUCCCCAAAAGCUGGGAUGUGUGAAGAAAAGUAUUUUGCUGGGCUAUAAUGAAUGACAAAAAUAAAUGCUUUUUCUUUAUUCAUUCACCUUCACCUGUAAGGUUGCAAAGCUCCACAGUGUAAUAGUGUGUUAAUCUUGAACAAAAGGCUAAAACUGGUGUUAUUUCUGCUACCUGAGAAGAUUGCAUUUGUUGAUAAAAAAAGGUCAAACCAACAUGGAAACCAGAGGGUUUUGAAACUGUUCAUAGGGAUAAAGCAAGCCAUUUUGAACUUGAGAAAAGACAUUAGUUGAUGACAGAACCAUUGUGAGGACUGAGAAAAUUCCAAAAACAACAGUCAGUUACAUCACCAACAACCUUCAAAUGCAGGAGUAAACAUAUUACAAACAACCAUUUGGAGAUAAUUUUGAGAGCAGAAAUAUAGAGACCAUUCCAAAAGAUGCAAACCACUUAUCAGAAGUAAGAAAUUCAAAAGACCAGAUUGGAAAUUACAAAGAAAUUCAGAGAUGAGCCAAAUUCCAUGAUUAACCUCUACCAAAGUGAUCGAAUAGCCAAAGUGUGGUGAAAGAAAAGAUCUGCCCAUGAUCCAAAACAUACAAGCUCAGAGAUUAUGCAUGUUGGAGGUAGUGUCAUGGCUUGGGCUAGCAUGACUACUUCUGGAACAGGCUCAAUCAUUUGUAAUAAUUAUGUAAAUUCAUGAUGGUAGACACAGACUGAAUUCAGACAUUUAAUCAAAUUGAAUCAUAGAGCUAAAUCAUAGAGCAAGACAAUGGCCUUUUUUCCUCUAAUGUGACAACGUAAGAGGAAAAAAGCUUUAUGUCAAUCACCAGACCCAAGGGACCCAAAUGAGACUGAAGGGAAUUGAAAGAUCUCUAUUGUUUUCUUAAUAAAUUCGAUGUACUGUAUAAUCAACAAAUAAAUGAAUAAAUAAUUACAUUUAAGAUUUUGUGCAGCCCUGAUUUUUAAGUUUAUUCCUGAUGAAUUUGUUUCAUGAAUGUAAUACCUAGAUAUCACAGAAAGAUGGCAGUAUAGUCCUGUUGAAGGUAGGCCUUAAUCUCUGCAAGCACACAAAUUUUUUUAAUUAUUUAUUUUUAUUCUACUUUUCUCUUUUUUAUAUUCUUUAAAUACCAAAUAUUGUUUGUACCAUUAGGCUCAUAUUCAGGUUGGAAAAAUAGUAUAAACAAAUUUAACAAAAACUUGCUCAAACAAUAAAGCACUGAUGUAACAACUGUUUCCUGUGUUUCCUUCCUGUGGCAUCAUUUCUUCUUCCUCCUGCUUAUUGUGACAAACCAGAAGUGCUUUCUCAGACCUCCUCUGCUGACUCCUUCAACAUGCAGUUCACAAGAUUUUAGAAAAGACCAAAAACAUAUAGUUAUAUAGCACAUUGUGAGUUUGGAACGAAAGCUGGUGAUGUGCAGAAAACAAUGCAAACAUUUGUGAGGACUCUGUCCUUGUUCCAAGUUUUGAUAAGUGUGACAGUGAAGAGCAAGGCUGAACAUGUUUUUACUGGAACAGAAGGAGGCAGUGUGGAUAUCACCUGUAAAUACCCUGAUGGAUAUCAAUAUACAACCAUGUACUUAUGUCGUCAUCCAUGCUAUUCUUCUGAUGUCUUAAUUAAAUCUAAGAAGGUUGAUCAGGCCAUCUCUAUGGGAAGAUACACUGCACUAAACACUCCAUCUGGACGGAGUUUCUCUGUCACCAUCAGACACCUCAGAUUGAAGGACUCUGGAGUUUAUUACUGUGGAGUGGAUAAAUGGGGAUAUGACAUAUUGAUUAAAGUAAAGCUUAAUGUCACUAAAGGCAUUACGUUUCCUGCUACAGCUCCUGCUGUGUCUUCACAUGCUCCAGUCAUUUUGCAGAGUCAAAGCCCUGAUGUUACACAGCUUCCCCAUGCUAUGACAGUGAUAUCAAGUACUGCAGAUAAUUUCACCUCAUAUGAACAAGCAUCAUCUACAACUCAACCUCAACAUUCUUUAGACCCACACGUUCAGUUGCUUGUUGUUUGUGGAGGAGUGCUGGGCCUAAUGUUGUGCUGUGUUCUUGCAACUCUUGUGAUUCUCUACAGAAAGAAAUCCAGCACACAAAACACAUCUUUGAAACCACCUGCUCCUGAAAGCCAAAUUUCACAUCCAUCAUCUGAUCAGGAGGACAUUUGGCAUGUGUAUGAUGACAUGUUGGCUGUGUAUAGUUUAGCUGGUCCAGCUAGAGGAGAUAAAUCUUCAGCCACGUACAGCACCAUUCAGCUCCCUGCGCCAGCAGAUAAUGAUUGCAAUCUAUACUCUCUUGUAACUCCUCACUGAAAACAAUUAAAGCAUCCUAUAUGUGUGGUGCAUAAUACACAGAGGUAAGAACAAUUCUGUGCAUUUCAAGAAAAGCACUCUUUAUGGGCAUACACGGUCAUAUUUAAACUCCUGUAUUCCUCACAUAUUUCACCAACUAAUAAGAAAUAAGACUUGGCAUGCUAUAUUUUAAUGGUUUUCAUGGUUAAACGUCCUGUAAAAAAUUGACACAUCAACCCAGUGCUUUUGUGUGACUGUGAUAUUUAUUUUUAUCCUGUCUUGUACAUCUUAUACAAAGAUGUGCGUUUAAUGCUAAUACAGACUGAAAACUAUAAAUUGAUUAAUUCAACAACUGUAUCCACUGACCCCUCAUUGGUACAAAUGUUUUCUAAUGUUUCUGAGAAGGUCAUCCAUAAUUGCAUCUACAAAGAUUGUUCGAACUGUGAGAAGCUCCUCUGUCAAAGAAACCACUUUGAAAAUUCAGCAUACAUCCUUCCUUUCACAAGUAGCUAUGGUGUCAUUUUUAAGGUGUGAAGUGGUACUGUUGUUGUUGUGACUGAACAGAAAGUUUCAGCCUUACUGCAAGCAAAUUGUAUACAUACAUGCAUUACAGUCUUUUCCUGGGGCUGUCAUUGAUGGCUUGGUUAAUUCCUUGCUGGAACACCAGGGGGCAUUCCAGCAGGGUUUUGUUUUUAACCUGUGCCAUGUGUCACUGUGCCACUUACAUGUUUGCUUCGCCCAAUCCUUAGCCGUUCCUGCCUUUGCAAACCUGUUCCUUACUUUUCAAUAAUUACUUUCCCUAUAUAUACCGGCUGUCUUGUGCUUGUGUUUGCUGAUUCCUUGUCUUCUGUUACCUGUUUUCACCUCCUGGUUUCUGUUGUUUGUUUUCUGUUUUGUUAUUUUGUACUCAUUCACCUAGUUUCUAGUGUUUCCAUGUGUUUUUCAUUUUAUCCCUGCAUUUGGGUGUGGGUUCUGUACCUAUGAAGGCACCCAUUCCUGACUGGGACAAUACCAAAAUAUUGCUUGUACAACAUAUGGUAAUAACAUUAAUUACAAUAAAUACAAUAUACAAUACAAUACAAAGAAGAGUGCAAUACCAAAUACCAUGUUAAACAAUAUACAGCUUGUAUACCCUUAAAUGAAUUCUGAUGUCUUUCUGUUCUGCUAGUUUCUGUUCUGUUCUGCAAUGCUAAUGUCUAUAGAGUCCGUAUGGAGUGACAGUCAGAAAUUCAUGCAGUAUUUAAAGUUGGGUUAGUCGUUCAAUGUAUUUCUUUAACAUUUUCAAUAAAUUAUUAAUUAACAAAAUGACAAAACUGUUACAUCUCUAUGAGCUAUAUGAAACUGGCUUCGCACACAUUUAAACAAUUAAGAUCUCCUUUAUAUUAAAAUUAGCAGUACCCAUCAUUCAAAAAAAGUGUACCUAAUUUUUCAAAUGAAGUUUAUCUCCAAGUUUCCUGAACGUAGACUCACAGGAUGAUGGCAGUACAGAAAAAAAUAUUUUUAGAUUUUUGCAGGUAAACUGAAAAACCUUUUUUUCCCAACCAGACUGUAAUCUUUGUUUGUACAAAGCAAAUUGUAAAUAUGGUUUGUAUUAUUAUAUUAACAUUCAAGGGAAAAAAACAACUUUGUAGUCGCAUUCCACACUGUCAGAAAAAAGGGUACUGCUGAGGUACAAUUUUGAUCCUAGGGGAGCAAAAAAUAUAAUGGUACCUUUAAAGGUACAUAAUAGGUCCUUAGGGUACAAUUAUGUUCCCAAAAUUAGUUAAAAGGUAUGACUAGAGGUACAAAAUUGUACCUGUAACGUCUGGGCGCCCAAGAUGCCAAGCGACAUCCUCCAUGGAAACUCCAUUGUGGAGUAGUGUCCCCAGUUGGCGAGGUGGUGGAAGCCACGCUUCCAGUGGGUCUGUUAAAAAGGGGGUGUCCCCCAUGACAUGAAGUUGAGAGGCGUCCUCCGUGGAAACUCCAUAUCGGAGUGGCGUGCUUGACCGGAACAAGGAUGGAGGCACCUUUCUGGGGAAGCGGAGAAGGAGGGCCACCUGUUCGAACGUCCUCUGAGGCAGGUGGUCUGUCGGAAUACAAGGAACAUAAAACAAUAGCCGACAAGGACAGGUACAUAUAGGGCUAAACAUUAAGGCUAAUAGGGAACAGGUGAAACAGCAGAAACGAGAACAAUAGAAAAGGCGUGGCACAAAAUACACUCAAUAAAGCAGGCUCCAUAGAAUCACCUGCCAGCAGCCUCUCCAGGCCUGGCAGGGAACUGUCCAGCGGUUCCUGACAUAGUCCCCCCUCUAAGGCGCGGCUCUUGAAGCGCCUCCAGCAUAGCUGAAGGAUGCCCCAGGCAUAGGCGGCAGGUGUAGUCCAAGAGGAGAGAUGCAAGGAAUGACAUAGUUCAUAACUGCAGUCCACAGCGGUGCCCCAGAUCCUGGGGAUACAGUGGCAUCUGACACAUACAUGAGACGGGAGGGAAGUGUCUUCCACCCAAGAUGCCUAGUGACGUCCCUGACUAGCAAGGUGGUGGAAGCCACGCUUCCAGUGGGUCCGUUAAAAAGGAGGGUGCCCCCCAUGACAUGAAGUCGAGCGGCGUCAUCCGUGGAAAAUCCAUCACGGAGUGGCAUCCUCUACCGGAACAAGGGGAAACGGGGAAGCAGGGCCACCUGCUCAAACAUCCUCUGAGGCAGGUGGUCUGUCAGAUGUCAUCCACCAGGGUCCUCACUCGUGGGCUGCAAUACCUGGUCGUGAACAGGAACUCGCUGAGUAUUCCGCUGUGUCUUCAAAAAUGGUCAGUUAUUCUGUAAUGUCCAGGCGCCCCGACCUUUGUGGGCCUUGAACCCGGACCUCUGUGGUUGCUCUGCAUGCCGGCAUGCCAUGGAGACAGACCCAGUUGCAGGAUUCCAAUAAGCGCUGCUUAAUUAACAUAAACACGAGACAUGGGGAAGACCUAAACACUAGAUGUGAUGCUAAUUAAAACAAACCUAACAUACAAAACAAGGAACAUAGAACAAUAGCCGACAAGGACAGGUACAAAAAAAUCCCUAUAUAGGGCUAAACAUUAGGGCUAACAGGGAACAGGUGAAACAGCGGGAACGAGAACAAUAGAAAAGGCGUGGCACAAUAAAGCAGGCUCCAUAGAAUCACCUGCCAGCAUCCUCUCCAGGCCUGGCAGGGAACUGUCCAGCAGUUCCUGACAGUACCCUUCAGGGUACCACCCCAGCGACGGCCACUUGUACCUUAAAAGGUACAGUUUUGUACCUUUCUUUCUGAGAGUGCAUAUAAUUCUGCAAUAUUUAAGGCAAUAGUUAUGGCAAUAAAAAAACAUGAAUCAAUACAUUUAUAAUUUUAAAAACUUGUUUAAACAACAAAGAAUAAAAAAUAAAAAAUAAAAUAAAUAAUUCAUUUAGAGCUCUGAUAUAUUGUCAUUUCCUGUAACACCUUCUUAAAGGAUUGUGUGACUACUUACUCCUCCUGCUUGGUAGACUUCUUCUGCUUACUACCUUUAUAAAAGUUACACAUGGUAACAUGUACUGAGUUGAAAAAGAAUGCUGUUGAUGUGCAUGGCAACAUUUCUGAGGACUCUGUCCUUUUUUCAAGGUAAAAAAUAUGUAAAAUAUAUUAGUAUAAUAAGUAAAAUAUAUUUAUUUAUCCACUAUAAAUUGAAUAAAUGUAAAUUUCAGUUACUAUUUAACUAGCAUUGCUGUUUUCUGCUAGUUAUUAGAGUUAUUAGUAAUGAUGUAAUGAUGCUUAAAAUUGCACAAAAAUAAACCUACAGUAUACAAAUAAUAAUAAAAGACUUAUAUGACUUGCCAAACAUACAAUAUUUCAGUACAAUAUUACUUUUUUUAAAGUAAAUAGGGAGGAAAAAUCCUUUGAACAUUUCUUUCCAGUUUUGAUAAGUUUGACAGUUAAGAGCAAGGCUGAAAGUGUUUUUUUUUCUGGAACAGAAGGAGGCAGUGUGGAUAUCUCCUGUAAAUACCCAGACAGAUGUCAAUAUUAUACCAUGUAUUUCUGUUAUGAUCCAUGCUAUUCUGAUGUCAGAGACAGUUGAUAAUUUUGUCUUUAAGGGAAGACUGUAGUAAACACUCUCAGAGUCACUCAGAGUCUCAGAGUCAGAGUCUUUGUCACCAUCAGAAACCUCACAUUAAAGGACUCUGAAUACUGAAUACCUGAAAUAAUAUUUAUGAUUGCCUUGUAGAUUCUGGUCACAAGUGCUUUUUUUCUGUACUUUACCAAUUCAAGCACUAUAAAUGUAUAUUUUAUGUAUCAAUACUUUGUUUCUGUCAAUGUAAUAUGAAUAUUUGCAAAAAUUAUUACAAUUUUGUGCAUGAGAAUAAAUACGAUGUAAUGCAUAUUAAUAAUUUUGUAACAUUGUGCUUGGGCCCUGAAGUUUAAAUUCAACUCAUGAAUUACUGCUUGGCAAAGCUUACAUCCAUGUUGAUCUGAGCCAUUCUGCAGCUUCAGAUGACUUUUUUCAUUUCUAUUCU